CGCCUGGCCCGAGGUCGGGAGCUGGGUUGCUCCCCCGAGCUGUCCCCUCAGCCAAGGGGUGGUCCGGCCCCCUCCUCCGCCAGGGGUGGCCUCGUCGGGGGCAGAGAGUGGACGGGACGGGACGGGACAGCGUUUGGGGAGGCGCGGAGCCAGCGCUCUCCAUCCCUGCUGCCGGCGGGAUGAGCGCGGUGCUGCGGGGAGCCCUGCGGCGGCUGCUGCUCCCGCGCCGUGCCGGCCGUACCGACCCUCGUUCUGCGGCUGCCCUGCGGCCCUUCGGAGACGCUGCGGGCGCUCAGGGGCGGAAAAAAACAUCAUCUCCUUCCUUGGGGAAAGACAAAGCAGACACAAUAAUCAUUGGAGGUGGCUGUGUUGGUGUGAGCCUAGCCUAUCACUUGGCUAAGGCUGGGUUGAAGGAUGUGGUUCUGCUGGAAAAAUCUGAGCUCACUGCAGGAUCUACUUGGCAUGCAGCUGGUUUAACUACUUAUUUUCAUCCUGGAAUAAAUCUGAAGAAAAUACAUUCUUACAGCAUCAAACUCUAUGAAAAGCUGGAAGAAGAGACUGGUCAGGCUGUGGGUUUUCAUCAACCUGGCAGCAUCAGGAUUGCUUCAACCCCUACUAGAGUGGAUGAAUUAAAAUACCAAAUGACUCGUGCUGGUUGGCACCCAAUAGAGCAGUACCUAAUCACACCUGAGAAAGUACAAGAACUGUUUCCCUUAUUGAACAUGGAUAUGGUUCUAGCUGGCCUGUAUAAUCCUGGAGAUGGUCAUAUUGAUCCUUAUUCUCUUACUAUGGCCUUAGCUGCAGGAGCCAGAAAAUAUGGUGCCCAACUGCAUUACCCUGUUCAAGUGACAAAUCUGAACUCCCAAUCGGAUGGGACAUGGGAAGUUGAAACUCCACUUGGAAUACUUAGAGCAAAGAGAAUUGUGAAUACUGCAGGUUUUUGGGCCCGGGAGAUAGGCAAGAUGAUUGGCCUCCAGCACCCUCUCAUUCCUGUUCAUCAUCAGUAUGUUGUGACUUCAACUAUCCCUGAGGUGAAAGCCCUAAAAACAGAGCUGCCCGUGAUUCGUGACUUAGAAGGAUCAUACUAUUUAAGGCAAGAAAGAGAUGGUCUUUUAUUUGGUCCAUAUGAAAGUGAGGAGAAGAUGAAGCUGCAGGACUCGUGGGUAACAAAUGGGGUCCCACCAGGUUUUGGAAAAGAACUUUUUGAGCCUGAUUUAGACAGAAUAAUGGAGCAUAUUGAGGCAGCUAUGAAAAUGGUCCCAGUUCUGAAAAAUGCAGACAUUGUCAACACAAUUGCGGGUCCUAUCACCUAUUCUCCAGACAUUCUUCCCAUGGUGGGACCACAUCAGGGUGUCAGAAAUUAUUGGGUAGCUAUUGGUUUCGGGUAUGGCAUUAUACAUGCUGGUGGCAUAGGAAAGUACCUGAGUGACUGGAUCCUUGAGGGGGAACCUCCAUUUGACCUGAUAGAAUUAGAUCCCAACCGGUAUGGGAAGUGGACCACCACAGAAUACACAGCAGCCAAAGCAAGAGAAUCUUAUGGGUUUAAUAAUAUUGUUAGUUACCCUAAGGAAGAAAGAUUUGCUGGGAGACCAACAGAGAGAACCAGCGGGCUGUAUGAUUUGCUGAAAACAAAAUGUUCAAUGGGCUUUCAUGCAGGAUGGGAGCAACCUCAUUGGUUCUACAAACCUGGAGAUGAAACUGGAUACAAACCCAGUUUUCGGCGCACAAACUGGUUUGACCCUGUGGGUCGUGAAUAUAAACAGGUUAUGGAAAAAGUCGGUGUGAUUGACCUGUCACCAUUUGGCAAGUUUAAAGUAAAAGGCACAGAUUCUGUUAAGCUGCUGGAUCAUCUAUUUGCAAAUGUUGUUCCAAAGGUGGGUUCCACAAACAUAAGCCAUAUGUUAACACCGAGAGGAAAAGUUUAUGCUGAGCUGACUGUCUGUCAACUGUACCCUGAAGAGUUUAUGCUUGUAACUGGCUCGGGGUCAGAACUCCAUGAUCUGAGAUGGAUAGAAGAGGAAGUAACAAGAGGUGGAUAUAAAGUUGAAAUUGAAAACAUGACAGAUGAGAUGGGAGUACUUGGUGUAGCAGGUCCAUAUGCCCGACAGAUCCUCCAGAAGCUGACAAGUGAGGAUCUGAGUGAUGGUUCAUUUAAGUUUCUCCAGGCUAGACAAGUGAAACUUUCUGAUAUUGCUGUUACUGCCAUUAGGAUAUCAUACACAGGUGAAUUGGGCUGGGAGCUCUAUCAUAGGAAAGAAGAUUCUGUGUCUCUUUACAGUGCACUUAUGGAAGCUGGCCACAAAGAAGGAAUUGACAACUUUGGAAUGUAUGCUCUGAAUGUUUUAAGGCUGGAGAAGGGUUUCCGAGCUUGGGGGGCAGAGAUGAACUGUGACACUAAUCCCUUGGAAGCUGGACUGGAAUACUUUGUGAAGUUAAACAAGUCAGCAGACUUUACAGGAAAGCAAGCAUUGAAGCAGAUUAAAGCAAAUCAGCUCAAACGACGACUGGUGUAUCUCACCCUGGAAACUGAUAAUGUUGAUCCAGAGGGAAAUGAAAGUGUGUGGCAUAAUGGCAAGGUUAUUGGCAACACCACAUCUGGAUGUUUCAGUUACAGUGCUCAGCAGAGUCUGGCUUUUGCAUAUGUUCCCACAGAACUCAGCAAAGUUGGACAGAAACUGGAAGUUGAACUUUUAGGAAAAAAUUAUCCAGCAACCAUCAGACAAGAGCCACUAAUGAUGACUGAACCAACAAGAAUGCGCCUUCAGAGAAGGGGUGGAAGUCCCAAAAUAUAAACACAACAUGAGGAUAUAACAAACUGUGCAGUAGGAAAUAGUUCCUUUGUGUGCAUGACGUUAAGAAAAACAAACUACUUAGAUUUCCUAAUUACUAAACACAUCAUUGGCUCUAUCACACAUCAGUGAGAAAUUCCGUGGCGUUACCCUCUUGCUCCUUUGCAUGGGUUCUUCAGGCUAUCAGAUGUCUGGGCAUAGUUCAUGACCUGGUAUGUGUUCUGAGCAGCACUUGAGAGCAGAAAGGGGCUGGGAAUUAGUUGAUCCUUGAUUCAUUGUGCUCUUACACGGGCUGACAGAUCUGAAGCAAUGCAGAAGAGAAAGUUGCUUGUGGCAUCGACCAAUAGCAAAUCUUCCCAUCUUGAUCCUCACAGUUCCUCCUCUACCUGUAAAAUAGCUUCUCCUGGCUCCUUACAACAUGACAUUACAAACUUUCCAUUAAAAUAAUACCACUUGUUAUGUACAGAAUGCUUUCUAAGGAAUGGAAAUACAUCCCAGCAAUCAUUAAAAUAAUAAAAGCAAUAUUAAAGGCAAAAGGCACUUAUUAACAUCUUUUUCCAAAGUGAUGCCCUGGCAGAAAUUCUCACAGAAAAUAAAAAU